AUGGAAGACUGGAAGAGAGCCUUGGAUGAGAAUAAGUAUGUGGCCGCCAUUCUUAUGGAUCUCUCCAAGGCUUUCGACUGUCUCCCCCAUGAUUUGCUUCUCUUAAAACUUGAACACUACGGUCUUGGAAAUGAAGCCUUAAGUCUUCUGGAAAGUUAUCUCAGUGAGAGAUAUCAAAAUGUGAAAAUCGGGGAGUUUCUACGUUGUUUCUCAUCAAUACCGACAUUAAGUGUCGUGUCAGUGUGUCCUAAGAAUAGAAAAGAAUGGAUCGCUGCAUCUGACCGAAAGCAUUGUUCCUGCAUUCUACAAAACUGUACAAGAUCAGGCAAUUUUCAGUACCAUUGUUUGGUAAAUACAAAUGCUGAUGGAUUGGUAGAAGUUUGUCUCCCGGUACGUCGAAUAGUUGGGCAAUACUGUAGUUUUUAUGAUGACAAGAAAAUAAGAGCUGAGAACCACUAUCAUUUGCCAUGCAAAGAACAUGAUGUUGUCUGUCCGGAGUUUUACCAAUCAAAUGAGGCAUAUAAAUAUCAGGAGUGUUACAAAACAGUCACGACAGGUGAUACAAGUACAGAAGAGAGUCCAUCAGGACAAAUGGACGACAACCAAAUAGAAAUUCAGUUGGAUACAUCUGGUCGUUGAUCGCCAUUAUUGUUGGUGUUUCCAUCAUUGCAAUUUUGGGAACCAUAAAUGUGGUUUUACAAUUAAUUCGAACGGAAACCAAGGAAUCUUGCUAUCGUUUAUGCGGCCCUAACUGUUGUGACUGCUGCAGUACACAUCAAGAAGAGUCCUCGGGCAGGUGUAAAGGUUCAGAUGACCAGGGAGAAUCCAUCAAGCUGUCGUCUAUUGAUAACCAAGAAGAUUGAGGAUCAAUAUAAGCCUCUUAGCUUGUUACCAAUCCCCAUUCCAUGCAUAUGUAUAUUGUGAAAUGUUUAUUAUCAUGUAAUAAAUGAAUACUGUUUAAACUAAGAAGUAUCCUCAAUCAUGGAAUAAAAUAUAGAUGAGAAAACUUUUGAAAUACCAG